AUGGCUGUCUGGACACGAGCGGACAAAAAUGGUCAAUUAGACCUUUUGCUCCGGGACCGCUGGAUUCGGGUAGCCGCCGAAUUGACCCGCGAGACUUUCACAUUAACGGCCGAAGCAGAGAUACACGCGCACGGGAACAACUUGGAUUACAACAAUUCAGCGGGCCUGCGAAAUGGAAUGUCGAACGGAAACGAUCCGGGGUUAGCGUCGGGAAAUUCGAACCGUGGUCAAAACUCGAACCCAGAGCAACAUCCGAACCAUGGUGCGCUAGGACGAAGCGUUAGCCCAGCGUGCGGGGGCAUCAAUCGGGGUCACUACGACGGUUUUAAUAGCCCCAGCUCUGGCAAGUAUAAUCGCGAUAACGGUACGAACUCUGAUUUUGGCAGCCCGGGGUCCAGUUACGGUAGUCCUGGAUCUAGCUUCAGUUCCAGGCAUGGCGAAACUUCCAUCAAUUUAGAAUCCGGCGCAUCGGAAGCUGUGCGUAAAGUUAGAGUUGUAAAACAAGAGUCGGGCGGGUUGGGGAUCAGUAUCAAGGGGGGUCGGGAAAACCGAAUGCCCAUCCUCAUAUCCAAGAUCUUCCCCGGACUUGCAGCUGAUCAGAGUCGGGCUCUUCGGGUCGGCGACGCGAUCCUGUCAGUCAAUGGAAAUGACCUCAGGGAGGCUACGCAUGAUCUAGCGGUCCAGGCUCUAAAAAAGGCCGGGAAAGAGGUUACGCUUGAAGGUAAGUUUCCAAACGCAAUAGCGGGGAUUUGAGAAGGCCAGUCAGUCUGACAGCAACAUUCAGUAGUAGCCUAAACAAUGUUCGCUUUAUAGCCAAAUACAACUUUAUUCUGCCUCUUUUUAGAAGUUGUAGCCUAGGCCUAGGAUGCAGCUGUGGGCCGAAUAUUGCGUCAGGAAAUAGACACACAGAAAUACCAAAAAUAAGAUAAUGAGCAGCCAGUUGGAUGAUUAACAUUCAGUAUAUUGAACUGAUUGAUGCCCAGGCUACUUUUCCAUUUAUUUUCAACGUAGCCAGAAUUCUGGCCAUGGUUUUAGGCUACGAUGUUUACUUUCUGGCACAUUGCCAGACCACAGCGCAUAGCUAUAGGUUACUAUGUAACCAGUUCACACUCCACAACUGUUGAUGGGAUUUUAAAGGGGGCGGUGUCAAUUGACUCAACGUAGCCUAUCAUUUGGCCUAUUGUAAACAGGAAAGUAUUGCACAGUGGUGACAAAAUUAGCUACAUUGGAUUUGUGGCAUUGGAUUAUUUUAGGUAAAUCAUUGUAUGCUAAAACAGUGAAUCAUCAUGUUUGUGUGCUCUUAUAUUGAUUUUAAGAGUACUUUGUUUCCCCGGGGGUUGGAAACAACUGGUCAGUGGCUGAAAUGCACUGUGUGGUGGUUAAUGUUUUGGAAAUUAACCCAGCAUGAAUACUGAAUAAGGUUGGAUGUAGAGAGUUGGUUAGUGUGAAGCAGUUUGCGUCAUUUAGCAAGUCAAAUGAGUUCUCACUAUAACCCCCAAAAUAAAGUAGUAUUUUCUGCUUGUCGUCUGAAAUAGGCCUAAUAGUCCUAAAUAAGAGUUUGUGUAAUCUGUGUCUCUCCAUUGCGGGCAACCUGGGAUUUUGUUUAAGGAAUGUGCCAGUUGCCUGUCACUGUUUGUUAGAAUGACAGGGAGUGAGUUGUGGUGUUUGUAAAUGGACCCCAAUUCCAAUCUGUCUGCAUUCUCCUCAUCCUCUGAAGACUCCGAUAGGCCUAACCACAGACCGACAUAACGUAAGGUCAGAAUGAGGUUUCAAUUUCCAGACCACUAUGUAAUGUACACAAUACAUAAACGCUAGACAUUAUGGCAAUUAGUGACUUCACAUUCCUGACCCAGGUUGCUUCCAAGGCCUGUGUAAAACUCUCACACAGGCAUGGAUUUUGUGUUUCUAACUAAUAUGAUAGCUGCUUUAUUUAACCGUUCAUAAUAAAUAUGAGCUCACUGUAAUGGACAUGUAAUAACUGAAUAACGCUAGUCAAUUGGAUCAUGGCUGUCUUGUUUAGUUUGUCUGAUCGUUGGUGGAUAGAGGAGGAGGCCAUUGUCUGGUUAAAAGGAAGAAUAAAAACACUACAAAGAGACAAAGACUCUAUUCAUAAAAUGGGGACAGGCCCGAUUAGAGACAGUUAUUUUCUUAUGCUCACAAGCCAAAACUUACUGACCAAUGACCAUUGAACAUUUCACUUGAGUCUGCAAUGCAUCAUAAAAGCCACCACAUAUAAAGUAUGAAUCCAGGUUAAUGUUGUAUGUAACUAAUUUAAGAAACACUGUCGUUAUUGAUUCAUAUCAGUGGAAAAAGCACAUUUGCUCUCCAGUCUCUCUUUCUUUCUCAUCGUUCUUUCAUGUUUUUUUCAAGUUGUCUGUGUUUGUAAACAGAGAUGGAUAUCCACAUAAAUAUAUCUGAGUAUAACCUACUUAACUAAGACAUUUGUAUGUGUGAUUCAUUGCAUGGACAGUGUAGUAGCAUGUGCACUUUGUAUAAUUUUUAUUUUUUUAAUCCACAUACUGGAUAUAUACAAUGCUAAUUGGCAUGCCAUCCUUUUGUGAUCCAGGUCAGGGUGAAAAGAUGUGAGGAAGGGGGGCAGGUGUGUGUGUUUGAAUGGGAGCAGCAGAGGUUUUUUUUUUGUUGAGUGGGGGCAGGUGUGUAUAUUUGAGGGGAGCAGAGGGAGCCUCUCCAGAGCCUUCUACAACCCCCCUACCCCCUCCCAAUCUGGGGAGUCUGACACACUGUGUGCUGCCAGGCCUUUAAUGAGAACAGUCUGUGGCAGGGGGAGGGGGAGAGAAAGGAGGGUGAAGCUGGACAAACCACAGGGGGAUUUUGGUCAGAAGAAAAGCAGUGGUAAGGGUCUGGGGUGUAAGCGAUCACUUAAAGUCAUACCCAGGUGAAGGCUACAAGAAGAAGAGAGCAAAUGUAUACAUGAUCAAACCAUGGGGAAAGGAGCAGGGUGCGCAACAGUGCAUGGGUUUGAACCACAACUCAUUCAGCCAAAUAUGAGUUGUAGUCGGUCAUAUUACCGUGGCUCUACUCCCCUUCCUCCUCUCUGUGGCAUUCCUCUGCAUUGCUGUGGGCAUAGAGGUAUGGAGGGAGAGAGACGGACAAGCUCCGCUAUGUGUGAUGGCACCUCUAGGGACCUCGUCUCAUCUCUUUCAAUCUCUCGCUCUCUUCUUUUAUUUCCUUAUUUCUUUCCUUCUUACACACACGCAGACAUGCACACACACACGCGGUCCUCUGUGUAGUGCCCUAAUUAAAAUCCGAACUGGAGCUGAGUGACAAUGCUGACAGUUCUAAUGAGAUCUUUAAACAGCACCAGAGAGGGACAGUGAGGGCAUCUUCUGGAACCAACUAUCUGACUCAGAACUUUUCACAAAGUUUUAACUCCAUGUUGGGUGUGGGACACACUUUCUCCUCGUUCACUUCAACAGAAAACACUGCCAUAAAACACCAACAUCCUCCUUGUUCCAAUGCAGUCUGCACUUACUCAAGCAGAGAGUGUUGGCAGAUGGAGAUGUAGUGGUAAGCUUCCAAGCCUCCAACAUGUAUCUUUCCUCUGAGUGCGAGCCAGUGUCAUAAUGUCUUUGUCACGUAUAGCUCAACCUGUCAUGGCUAAAGCAUAUCCGUACAGAUACCAGAGCUACAGUAGAGUGGGGACGCAGGAAUACCACACACAGAGACAGAGCCUGUACUUAAACAUACCAUGACAUUUAUAACCACACUGGAACACUGCAGUGGUGUUGUGACUGGAAAAAGUAUUGACUGAGCAUCUUUACAGUAAAUGUUAUGAUUACGUUAAAACUUGAUUCGUCAUUUACUACUCCUCACAUUUCUGCACUAAAUCAUGUGGCUGUGUGUAUUGGACAUAUGACACUAUGGCAGUGAGUAUAAUCUAUAUUUUGCUCCGUCAGGAUUCGCUGUAUGACUGUAGCAGGCUCUGUCCAUCUUGAUUUCUUCAGGGUUGGGUUUGGGUGGGGGUUUCGUCAUGCUAUAGCUCAUGUCUUGAGGGCCAGCCGCUUCGUGAAACACACACACACACACACACAUAAACACAUACAUACACACAUACAGUACAUAAACACACCAAAAGACUUGCAUAAGCAGAAAUAUUCACUGACACUGUUAAUAAGAACAGUGUGGUUUGCAGCGUCUUGGAAAUAGGUUCCAAUCCUUGGCCUAGUGCCUCACCUCUACCUCCCUCACACACACACACACACACACACACACAGUCCACCCAUAUUCAUUCUAGAUGUUUGGGCCAAUUACUUUCACAACCCUAAUCCUCUCCUACAUGCAACAAUUACCUCAUAUUUUCAGCUCCUCAUAUCGAGUUUCUCAGUCAGAGCAGAGCAAUCCAGAUGACUAACAUACAGCAGUAGAAGUGAGUGAGAGAGAGACCGUGCGAGAGAGAGAGAGGGAAAGCGAGAAUGGAGGAGAAGUGGAAUAGGCCGCUGGACCAAAUUUGGAAACUGAAUCCAUGAUUUCAGUCAAAGCUAUUCUUCUCCAAGCAGUCGACCUGCCAAGCACACAACUGCAUCGCCAACUCUCCCACUCAGAGCAACUCCACAAGAGACUAAUACCUCCUUAUAAGACAUUUAUUACUCUGUAAUUGAGCGUUGCAACUUUUCAACCACAGUCUGAAAUAUGAUCAAUCAUGUGUUGCUUUUGGACACACUUUUGUACAACUUGAGGUCUAUGCAUAAUUAAUCACUAAUGUUCUUUAUUUUGUGUCUUUCUGCAUUUCGGUAGUGAAAUAUAUCAGAGAGGUUUCCCCACUGUUUAAGAAGCCUUCCUUGGUGGCAGACCUGCCGUGGGAUGGGGUGCGUCCUCAGUCCCCCAACUUCAGUGGCAGUGAGGACUCUGGGUCCCCCAAACACAGCGGGGCCAAGGACCGGAAGAUCAUCCUCCUCAAAAUGUGCUUUAUCAGCAGGAACCUGACCAUGCCUGACCUGGAGAACAGGUAAGAUCUGCAUUGUGUGUGUGUGUGUGUGUGUGUGUGUGUGUGUGUGUGUGUGUGAAUGAGAGAGAGCAAUUGAAAUGCAGCAUAUGAGGGAAAAUACGAAACAUAAUGAGAAUGUUGGUUUGGUAUGUUUAGUAAGAUAAUGAUGAUGAGGACUGUUGACUUCCAAAGGCUCAUGGAGCUGCACUCUCCUGAUGGCCAGCACACGGUGGUGAUGCGCUGUAAGGACGGCCCCAGCGCCCACUCCUGGUUCACAGCCAUCCACACUAACAUUGCUGCCCUGUUGCCCCAGACCCUGGUCCACAUUAACUCCUACCUGGGCUCCAGCACCACCGGGUCACACCCCCAACUCAAGCACAUCAGCUGGCUGGCAGAACAGGUACUGCACUCAUAUAGACCUUCAGAAUAAAUUACACAAACACACUUAAUAUUAAGCAAAAUAACCAAAUUGAAGGACUGUAUGCUGCUGUCAAGUACACUUAUGUACAGAUUCACACAUACAGCAUUGUGUAGUGUUGUUCAGUCUUGUACAAUAGUGCAUGUGUACUGUAAAGAGUUUUAUAAAUGGAUCACUGUGUUUUCUGAACUUUCAGUUGUGAUAUUCUGUAGUCUUUUAAAUGUGCUGUCUUAUAUGUUGUGCAAAUCAGAAUAAAAUCAGAAUGUAUUUCAAGUGCAGUUUACAUGGGUCACAAGUCACAGCACACUUUACACAUAAUUAAAAAGAACAAUAGAGAAAACACGAUUGAAGAAAGGGCAACAAUGGGGAAAAGAGAGAAACAGCUGAACAAAAUGAAUGCAGCAAAUAGUCCACAGGGCAUAGCAGCAUGGGAGCAAUAGUCCACAAAGCAGGUAGCGGUGUAGUGUCAGUAUACCAUGUUAAAUGUAUAGAUAUUGUCUGUGUGUGUUUUUAAUUGGCCAUGUUGAGGGUUGACAGGAAGCACUUUGAGACAGAAAACCAAAGGAAGCUGCCGUUGCAUUAACUAUUUCCUCUGGGCCCACCUAGCAUGACACACACACACACCUACACAAACAGAUAUGGAAAAUCUCAUCAGAAAUGACAUGAGCACUUUGACACACACUUCUCUCAUGCUGUCUCUCUUUCUUUAUGGUGUAGGUCCAGCUGGAUGGUGGGCGGCACCAGUUCCGACCAAUCGUCAUGGCACUGACAGAGAAAGAUAUCCUGCUGUUUGAAUCAGUGCCAUGGAACCGCGAAGCCUGGUCCACACCCCUGCUCACACACCCACUACUCGCCACAAGGUAGGACAACAAGUUUGCCAGGCAGAAUUAGAAUGAAGGUUGUAUCUCUCUUUUUAUGUCUGUCUGUCUCUCUCUCUCUCUCUCUCUGCCUUUUUCACUCUGCGAUGUGUUGGCAUUUUGUUAUCAUAACUUAUGAAUCACUGGGAGGCGCAAAGAGUGAGCUGAUAUAACCUUUUGUGGUAUGUUCGCAUUUCUCUGUAGACUGGUGCACUCUGGCAGUGCCCGCAGUUCCCCGGCGCAGGGGGCAGACCUGGUGUUUGCCACUCGGACGGGUACAGGGCGGGGCAUCGAGUCCCAUGUGUUCCGGGUAGAGACACACUGGGACCUGUCCUCGUGGACCCGGGCACUGGUGCAGGGGGCGCAUGCUGCCGCAGAACUCAUUAAGGAGGUCUCCAUUGGUGAGUGUGUGUGUGUCUGUCUGUAGGUCUGUAUGUCUAACAUUGGUGAGUGGAUGUGUGUCUGUAUGUCUAACAUUGGUGAGUGGAUGUGUGUCUGUAUGUCUAACAUUGGUGAGUGGAUGUGUGUCUGUAUGUCUAACAUUGGUGAGUGGAUGUGUGUCUGUAUGUCUAAUGAUGGUAAGUGUAUGUGUGUCUGCAUUUCUAACAUUGGUGAGUGGAUGUGUGUCUGUAUGUCUAACAUUGGUGAGUGGAUGUGUGUCUGUAUAUCUAACAUUGGUGAGUGGAUGUGUGUCUGUAUGUCUAAUGAUGGUAAGUGUAUGUGUGUCUGCAUUUCUAACAUUGGUUUGUCUAACUAUCUGCAUAUAUUAUUGAGUGAAGCUUUGGAAUCACAUGAUUCACUUCUCACUGUGAUACAGGAAGUAGCGACAGAAAAAAGUGAAUGUACCAAAAACACCAGUGGGGAAAAAAAAGUUGUAAAGGAAGAAGCUUAGUCAGUUGGGGGAAUGUUUCCACUCAAUAGAGAACAAUAGUUGGCUGCUAGUAUGUGCUGGAAAUGUUCAGUCUUUUCCUUCCCUAUUCCACUGCAACACAAACAUAUUCAUAAACUUUUUCACACAGGCACAUACAUACUGUUCCAAUUACACACACACACACACACACACACGUUUACUUUGUGCAGUACUGUUCUCACACUUCCCUCCCUCUGUCUCUCAGGUUGCAUGCUGAACAGGCAGGACGUUCGCCUCAUACUGCACUAUGAGAAGGGCUUCACUGUGACCCGGGAGCCAGGGGAGUCUGCAGGGGGUGCUGUGCUCUACAGAUACCCCUUCGAGAAGCUCAAGAUGUCUGCAGACGACGGGAUCCGCAACCUCUACCUGGACUUUGGAGGUCCAGAGGGCGAAAUGGUAAGCUACAUCACUGUUAGAGUGCAAUGGUCUAAAAGUCCAUUGAAUGUAUUGAUUCAUGUACUGUUUGUAUGUUUUAUCUUGUCUCAUUCUUUCAGGUGUUUGACCUGCACUCUGGCCCCAAGCCCAUGGUGUUUGUUCUUCAUUCCUUCCUGUCUGCCAAACUGACUCGUCUGGGCCUGCUGACGUGA